GUUCUACACAGAAAAGGGACAACUUUUCAUCUUGAGUUAAUGCUUUGUUAAAAAGUGUUUUUUUAAUAAAAUAUUUCAGUUUUGCGUACAAAACAAGAGGAAACAACUGUAAUUUCGGAUAAUGAGUUCUGGAUUUAUUACCGAGGCUGAAAUAGCCGAGCGAAGAAAGCUAAGGCAAGAAGAGUGGGAAAGAGUCCGGCAGCCAAACCAGCCAUUAGAGGCCCCUGAAGAAGAUUAUGAUCCUAGAUCUUUAUACGAAAGGUUGGAGGAGCAAAAAAAGAAGAAGGAGUUUGAAUAUGAAGAAGCGCAUCGAUUAAAAAACAUGAUUAAAGGCCUUGAUGAUGAUGAAGUCGACUUUCUUGACCUCGUUGACAGAUCGAAGAUGGAAGAAGAGAGGAAAAAGACUGCCGAAGAAGAAAGGGAAAUGGCUGAUUUUAGGAACAGGGUCGCCUCGCUCCAAGAGCAGGGACUCGAGCAGAGGAUUCAUAAUGAGAUCAGGCAGCCGUUGAAAGUCAACAACAACAUUAAAAGUGGUAAGGUUUCCCAAUCGAAACUCUUAGCAGGAGCGGUUGUUAAAAAAAGGCCAGUCCCUACACCAGCGGAAAGCGAACCAACUAAUAAAAAAAGAAGUCGGAAUGAAACAGAAGAUAAACCAGAUUCCAGAUUUAAAAAAAGCGAAGUGACCACAAACGGUUCUGGUAAGGAUGAAGAAAACCAUGUGGUGAACGACAAGAAAGGUGUCGUUCUUAACCCAAAAGUUUUAAAAGAAGGUAGUCUUACUUGCAUAGGUAUACUUCCUGGGAUGGGAACUUACGAUGCGUCAAGCGAUGAUAGCGAUUGCAGUUCGGAGGCCGAAGAGCAUUCUGCUCGGUUCGAUUUACUCGGACGUCUUAUCGAAAAUGAAUCUGAGAAGCAGUCUAAUGAUAAACACCAUUCGAAAUAAGGAGAAUGACAACAAAUUUGAAACUAUAUUUGGUUUUCUUACGUUUCUUUUUUAAAUUUUGGAAUAAUACUCUCGCCAUUCGGUACAUAAACAGAUCUGACUAAUCUUUAUUAGGAAACAGAUCAAAGUUUUUAUGAUCAAAUGGUGUUUUUUUUAACAAGUAAGGUAUUAUUUGUCUUGAAAAUUUCAAUUUAUAAUUUAAUGUGGGGAUAUUUUUAUUUUUUGUUAUAAGCUAACUGUGUUUCAUAAUUUUAAGGCUUUUAAAUAUUUUUUGUUUAUUUUAUUUUAACUGUCCAAAGGUGAUUCCAGUUAUUGUUUAAAAGCCAUACAAUUAAAAACGAAUCCUAUUCCACUUCGGACAUUCCGAAGUGUUAUGUACAUAUAUUACAGUUAUUUUAUAAAAAAUUUUGCUUUACACAUUUACAUAUCAUAAGUGAUAUGCUAAUUAAUUUCACCUCUUCAAUAAAUAACAAGAAUAUUGUAUGCAAUCCAUCCUAUAAAUUCUGUUGCUACUUGAGGUAUUUUUUCAGGUAAUAGGAAUGCAAAAAUGUUAAGUUAUUU